GCGCAAGAGUGAGAAGGAAGCGUAACGCAAACGCUUACGCACAAAGGGAAAACACACGCUGCAGCAGAGCAAGCGGCGCCAUUUUCCUUGUCGACCGGGGCGGCGGCGGCAAAGACGACGGUGGAAAAGCACAGCACACAGGGAUUUUCAUUUCUCCGCCCAUCCACGGCGACCCGGCCCGGUCGAUUGGGUCGGAAGGGACCAGGGGCCGAACGGUGCGUUAUUGGCAUCAAUCGGAACGAGACGGAGAUGAGUGAGUGCGAUACAUGUAUGGGUGGAAAGAAGCGGUACCUAAAGGACGCGCUCGCUGGUGGAAAAACACCGGGGCAGCGGGCAGCCGGGAAAGGAAACAGAACGGAAGUGUAGCGCGUGCAAAAUUUUCACAAUUUUCCACAAAGUUAAAAUAACAUUUUCAUUCUUGCCUUCGUCGGUGCCGGUCACACACAGGUCCGUCCGGGCUUGGUUUGUCGGAAGUGUCGUUCGGUGUGUGUUGUGUCGUUCGCUCGUGAGGACUCGUGAGGACGUUUUACAGCAGGGACAUUCUGAUGAAAUUUACUGCUUGGUGGUGUGUUAAUAUUUUCGUACGAUAAAAAGGCGAUACAGUGAAGCAUUCAGCAGUGAAGUUUAACAUAAAUAAGAAUAUUUGCAUCGUGUCAAAGGAUAGUAAAGGCAAGUGAAUUUCGUAAGCAUAAACUGUGAAGUAUGUGGCAAUGAGUUGUUUUCUUCCGUUGAACAGUGAUCACUCAGUACUAGUUAAAUAGGCAAGUGUAACAUCGCAAGACCUAACAAGUGUACAAAGAAAAUGAAGUGAUUCUAUCAAGUGUAGAUUUAAAUUACCUUAAAAAAAAAGUUCCCUUUCGAAGGCACAAAAUGAUGCAUCCGGUUAUGACAUCUCCUCUCGAUCUCCGGCCGUCGGGAUUGCUCUCGAUGAGCGUCUCCCCUACGCAUAACGCCUCCUUGAACGAAUCAUCGACCCACUCACAGCAGCAGCACUACCAUGACCAUCCACAUCUGCAGAGCAUGCAGUCGCACCAGGGCCAUCAUCACAACCAGCACCAGCAGGCACCGUCGGGACAACGGUCCAGUGGUGCAAGCCGCAACCGGUCGCGCAGUACUUCCAGCUCCGACAAUGGAACACCGUCCAGUGGACAGAAGCCCCAACAGCAGCAGCAGCCCGAUUCGGACAAUGGCACCGAAGCGGGAGAAGGUGCAACGUCGGGUGGUGGUGGUGGCAAAUCCGGGAGCCAUCGAUCGCAAAGUCUAGUGAAGCCACCGUACUCCUACAUCGCCCUGAUCACGAUGGCAAUCUUGCAGUCGCCGCAGAAGAAGCUGACGCUUAGUGGAAUAUGCGAGUUUAUUAUGACACGGUUUCCCUACUACAAAGAAAAGUUCCCCGCCUGGCAGAACUCCAUCCGGCACAAUCUCAGCCUGAACGAUUGCUUCAUCAAGAUCCCGCGCGAACCGGGCAACCCGGGCAAGGGCAACUUCUGGACGCUGGAUCCGCUGGCCGAGGACAUGUUCGACAAUGGCAGCUUUCUGCGACGUCGGAAGCGCUACAAACGCACCACCCUCGCCCAAAGCAUGGCUUUCCCGGGCGUGUUUGCACCUUUCGCACCGUUCUGGAUACGCAAACCGGUGCCCGUGAUUCCGAUGCAUCAGUUCGGACCGGCGCACGCGGCGGCAGCGGCUGCUGCUGCGUCCGCCUCGGUCGGAGGGUUUGGCGGUGAUGGUGGACCACUGGGAGCGGCACUGGGACCGGGCCGGGCGGGUGAUUUCCUGCUCGAUAGCAAACUGAACCUGUUCGGGACGGUCAAGAUCGAUGAUCUGAACGUGGCGAUGAUGGAGAACAGUGACUUUCUGCAGCGAAACGUGGAUAGUCUGAAGAUCUCGAGCGCAAUGAACAAGUUUUUCCACGGCUACCAUCAGGGACAGAGCGGGAGUAGCAGUGGCGGAGGUGCUGGUGGUGGUGGUGGUCCACUGAUCGAUCUGUAUGAAGAUGGACCUCAUCCGGCUAGUCUCGGCGGGGUGGUGCAUCCGUGCAAUGGGGGAUUGAUGCGCGAAGGUAUGUCGUACCCGUACGGACGACACAAGCUUGCGGGUAUUAGUUCAUCUCGCAUCGGUGAUCCGGCCGAUCCUCACGCCGAUCGACGCGGUGACUACGGUGCAGAGGACGAACCGAUCUCGGCCGAUCUCGACCUAUCCAGCGACGAUCGGAUCGAUGUGGAAAGUGAGGACGACUACAAAUCGCCGGCAGAGCGUGGCACUUCCGGUACGCUCACUUACCACGAGAUGCUUCUGAACGGCCGCAAAUCAACGCCAAUGGAAGCCCCACCAAACUCUACUUCUCCUUCUUCUCCUCUGCCACCACCACCACCACCAGCACAACCUCCUGUGCCGGCAGCACAUCCUUCGCCCACGAUCGAACCGUCCGGUGAUUACUCCCCCCACUGUAGCCCUUCCCGGAUGGCGCGCGACUCGGACGAUUACUACAUCGAAGAAGACGAACAGUCCGAGAAGGGUAGCAGUAGUAGUAGCGGCAGCAGCAGCGUCGGCGGUUCUCUGGAAGAAUCACACCCACAGUCUGGCAAGGAGCGGCGGCAACAUCAUCAUCACACACACUUCUACACCGAGCUGCAACCGUCCGGGCUGGUGUCUGGGGCGGGGGAACAGCCACUCCACGGGAGAGUUGUUCCCUCGGCCAACGGAACGCAUCCUACGGACGCCGGCGCUAGUCCCGGGUAUGGUGAGACGACGAAGCUGUUUGAUGGAACCGAAUCGUCGUUUGCUUCCCGCAAGCGAAAGUACGGCAACACGAAGGGCUUUAGCAUAGAGAACCUCAUCGGCUGCAGCGUGGAGGAUGGAUGAAUGAAUGUAAAACCGAUUGGGCGACGACGAUGACUACCUACCAAAACUACCUACAAGUUCCGAGACCGCGUUACCGGAGACAAAGCCAAAGCCAAAGAAAAUGACCCACUCCUCCAACUCCCGGUGCUUCAUCCGUGUAUAAAUCUGUGUGUAUAUGUGUGUGUGCGUGUGAGUGUGUGUGUCUGUAAGAGUGUUUAUGUAAAUAGCUGUGGCGGACGGUGUAACUAUCUCGGUUGUAGGACGCGCCGUCGGUUGUUUUGGUUCUGUGUACGCUGCUGCUAAUAGAUAAUUUUUAGAAUGCCAAGCCAUCCUACACCAAAAGGAAGGUCGCCCCAGAUAAUCGAACACAUUUGUAAAUAAUUAUAACACGAUUUUAGUCCUUUCGGUACCACACCUCCUCCUCAACCCCCGCGAAUGCUCUAGAGAUGAUCUAUAAAGAAACAAAUCUGAAUCCGAUUUCAAAAAAUGUUGUGACUUGUUGUGUCUGAUUCUUUACAGUAAAAAAAUACAUAUUCCUCCCCUCGGGUGGUUAAUUUGAAACUUACUCAUCAAUUUGCAACAAUUUCUGCUCCCGCCCCCCUUCUGCUCAUAGCUUCCAAUCGCCUCGCUUCUCAUCCUGCGGUGCCUUUUUCACCACUCCCAAGCUCCCAGUACGGAACACCUUCUCCGGCGGCACACACUUCGUAUGGGAUCCACCCGCAUUGCGCACCGCUCCGCCGAGCCGAAUCCGGUUCACGGGCACAAAGCUGUUCGUCACCAACGGAUGACUCCCUUCGAGGGUGGUCUGAAUGCCGCAGGCCAAACAUUUGCUAGCAUCGCUGCCCCUUCCGCCGGCCGCUACCCCGGCCGAGGAAGAAUCACCACCCAUGAUCGCCGCCGUCGCUUGCUGUUCCCUUUCCAGCUUCUGCCAGCGUGAUAGUACGCCCGUCAGCUGCUUGCGUAUCUGCGACACGUCCUGCGAGCCAGCCUUCGAUGCUAGCCCCUUCACCAGCUCGUACUGCACCGUGCGCAGGUUCUGAUCCAGAUCGUGCAGCUCUUCGCGCAGCUGCGUGAUGGUACGGGUAAGAUCGCGCACCGCCUCGUUGUACACGGCGUACGGGACGCGCUGCUGCAUGUCCGUCACCAGGGCGCGACGAUCCAGCUCGGUCUGCACGUCCAGCUUGUCCGCCUUGACGGUGGCGAGAUAGUUCGUCUGCUCGUUCAACGACCGCAGGUCCGCUCGCAGACCGUCGCGCUCCUUGUCCAUGCGCUGGAAUGUACGCUCUAUCUCCUGCACCUUCACGUCGUGCCGCUCGAGAUGCUUUUCAAUCGCUUUGAAGUUCACUUCGUAGUCGGAGAUUAGCAUACCCAGACAGUGGUUGUCGGUUUCCAGCUUUUCUACCUUUGGCUCUUGACUCCCGACACGGUACACCAGGUUGUCGAGUGCUCCGGCAAGCUUGAGCGUAUCUUCGUGCUGUGAUUGGCAGCGGGCUUUGAGGGCGAGUAUUUCCUCCUUCACAGUUUCCAGGUGGUCUUUGCAGCCUUCGAGAAUCGAGACGAACUCGAUCGCCGUUUGGGUGGAGUUAUCUUGGGCCGGAGUUUUGUCCUCCACUGUUGGCGUCUGUAGCUUUGGGACGGAGCUUGAGGAGCUUUUCAGUCCACGGGAAGGCGUGGGACGGCUCGGAGUACUUGGAGAUGACGGUCCAGUGGGCAUAUUGUCGUCCGAUUUAUCCGAAGAUGAUGUCGUUGAAUUUACCAACAAAUCGGAGCUCCGCUGCGUGAGUACAUCGCUUAACGAGGAUGGUUUCGAACUGACCGCUGGCGUCACAUCAUUCACAUUCGGUGGCAAUGCUUCUUCGCUAGCAAUCGGUGGGAGAUCUAUCUGCUCUGGAACAGGAACUUCGCUCACCUUCGUUGUCUCCUCAGGCUGUUGGGAUGCUGCAUUCGAAGGUGUUUCAGAAGGUGUCACUUUCUCCAAAGUAUUUCCCCCAUCAGUUCCAGCUAUAGCGCUGCUAGCAGCAUUCAAUUUACUCUGUUGCUUUUCGGCUCCAUAGCGGAUGUGCAGAUCGAUCAAGCUGGUCAGCAGCUUGUGCAGUGCCUUAAUGUUGAUACAUCCACCGCCGGAAGUGCCGAACGCUUCACCCAGCUGUCGGUUUAGCUCCUCAACCAAAACGUCAUUACUUUCACUCGACGAGACCAUUUUGAUAAAACCACCCCGAAACAGACGAACAAGGCCUACUGUGUGACUGGGGGAUAUGAGAAAUACCUUCCUGCUUCCUUUAUGAUCUCAGUAUGCCUGGUCCGAUCGGUCAGCACAACCACAAUCCUUCGAUUCGCUUGAUUUCUACUCUUUUGGGUUGAUUUACGAAGCAAAAUUCGAACCAUAGGCGAAAGAUAGCGUCGAAAGAACAGAUUGAAUUGAAGACAUACCGAGGGGAGGGUGGGCAAAGAAUAAUCCGCCACCGCGGACGAAGAUUAUUGCAUAAAUCGAACAUGUAAAUGCGCCCCGCUGCGAACAAUCAAAUCAUCAAGGAAUGUUUCCCCUCUGCACUUUCAAUACGGUACGACUACACCACCGACAGAUCGGUACGGUGCAAUGUUAAUCGUUAUUAGUGACGAAUGGUGGAACAUCGAGUUGGUGGAUUAAGCGAGCUCGGACCGGCAUAAAGGCCAUGAAAAAAGGUAUGACGACGGAUUAAGAGGAAGCAUCCAGCAAAUCUCACAACCAUCGAAACCCAUCCGGCUCAGCAGGAUAUGAAUCGGUCAGUUUCUCUCUCUCAUUCUCUCCAUUGCCUUUCAUCCCCAGGGCGUAAGUAGGACGAGAGGAUGUACACUUUAAUUGUUAUUUAAAUUACACUUCAAUUAAACGGUCCACUGCAGAUCAAAAUAUUUUUCCUUUACACCAUGCUUGCUUUCAUGCGCUCUUCUUCAUUGCAUAUUGCCAGUUACGGAUUACACGUAGGGCGCAGCCAGAGACAUGAGACGAGAAAACGGAGUCUUUGUCCUUUUUUUCUGCUGUCCCUUUCUUAAUCCUUAAAGACUCCUGCCGAUUUGACUGACAUCUUUGAUGUCUUCCACGGGAGUUUUAGAAUCAUGGACAGCAUACGCAAUAGAAUAGCUGGUUGCGUACUAUUUUUAACCGCAAAGUGAACAAGUGAAGAGCCAAAUGGAAGCAAUGAAAUACAAUGAACUCAGGAUCCUUCAAUUCUUUUGCGGACCGUUCUUAUGUACGGCAGAAUUUAUUAUUCUGCUAUGGGCAUAACAGUGUCCCAGAGCACGUCGAGAAAUCAUAUAAUUCGGAGAAAUUGAUGAUUCAGAAAUAUUUGUUUAAAUUCGAUAAAAUUGCUUCCUUAACUCGUUUCAAUGACUUUAUAGUGUUAAUAUAAACAUUUAAUUUACCAUCGGGGCUGUUUGCCUGCAAGCCAGCCUGUUACUGUCGAUGACAAAUUAUAUCCUGCCUUGUUCAUUUAAAUGCCCUCUCCCCGUUCUAAUCGCCGCUCCCUCCCUUAUCCGUACCAAAACACCCCUCCAAUUCAAUAAUAAAGCCAGUGGUCCUAUUUGCCACUUGCCACAUCAAUUGACUUAUCGUUCCCUCACACCAAUCGCUUUCCUCCCCGCAAAAGCAGUAGCGGCAAAAAGCGAUCAAACCUCUCUCUAAAUGGGCGUAAAUAGGUUAACAUAUUGCAGUUUAAUCCUUUUUAAUAUAGCCAGCACCACAUCCCACACCAUUUCGAUUAGAAGCCUCAAAUACGGUCACCGGCUUAAACCGCAAUAAACGGUACCUCUUGCGCUCUUCCCCCUACGCCUUCCUAUCGUUCUCCCUCUCUCUCUCUCCCUAUUUUGAGCACCGUUUGAACCACUUGUUUGCCGCCAUCCGAAGGAGAGAAAACAAAUAACCCUCGGCGGCCUCGUUACCAAACAAAAUCGACCGAAAUCGACCACGAAAAGCAAUUUGUCAUUCCCGCACAUAGCGACCAAACUAACACCACCCCGGGAUGGUGUGGUGCGGGUGGAUUUUGCACCCGGACGGCACCCUUCCCUCUCCCGCGCGUCGAAAACCGGGAAAUCAUCUCGCACGCCCGGCGAUGAUUAAAAACGGGCUGUCCAUAAACGACGAUGAUAAUAAUCCGUGAAAUAUCACCAGCUUCAUGUGUUGAUGUGUGUAUAUGCACCACAACCAUGCAUUUGUUGUCAUCGAAAUGCAACAUCCUCCACAGAUGCUUCUCUUCCUCUUCCAGACCCGGGGAUUGCAGGAUCAAACAUUUCUUCGUGCAUCCACACCCCCCCGGUGACACGGCUAACAAAAGGGACACAGGAUGAUUCUUUUGUGGACAGAGGGAUUACGGUUCGGAAUAAACAGUACUUACCCUUGAAUGGCGGGCAAAGAAUGGCGCACUCACUCGCGUCGACGAUGCACCUUUUGGAUCAUUUCCACCGAAAGAAGCGAUUUUUUUUUUUGCUCACAUUUUACCAUCGGGCUGAAAUCGGAUCGCGGAUCGCUGCACACAGACACAGGAUCGGGGCUCGUUUGUUUACACUUGUGCUUUCUGCGACUACUCCACACCAUUUAUCAUUCGUCCGGAUUAAUCGCCGGGCAAAUGCAACGAGCCGAAAGGUGGCAUGCGUUAGCAAACGGAGACCAUUUUUUGUUUGCUGUGUCGGGGUACUACGAUGCAAGAAUGCCGGGGAAAGGAUUAACAGUUCCGGCACAAACAAAUGUGUCUCUUUUCUCGGUAUUGCCACGAGUGUUCAUGAAGUACUUUGGAGGAAUGGAAAUUUUGCACCAACCCGCGAGUUUAUGGCAUUUUUCCUGUUUCACUUUUCAAUGAUUGUCCAUGAUAGCGUUCUUCGCGAUAUCUGCCAAUUAUAAAUUGAGAUUACACUCCAACAAUUCCACUUCCGCAAGUAAAAGUGAGGUUAUACUAGUUGCACUGUGUCUUCCGUUUGUUUACGUUUGAUAUCCUUGCACAUGCAUGAACCUUGUGCAAAAAAACUCUAAAUUUUUAAUUCCAUCAUAACAAAAAACUUACACUUUUUCCAGUUUAAAAUAAAGAAUUUGAGCACGUCUGAUAUUAAUCUAAAUGUUUAGAAAUAUUUCAAAUUUAUUAAAUUCAUCAACUGUCAAUCUCUAUGAACCUUGGGCCUCUACGGUGCUGCGUCCAAUGUCAACGCGACGGUAUCAAAACAUUGUCACUUUUUCACGCAUUCGGGCAAACAUCCUCAAACGGUUCGGAUAACAUAUCGCCCUCGUUCCUUCGAAGCAAAGCACACAAUAAUUGAAGAAAAAACAACACAUCAAUCGAAAGAAAAUAAGUCCGGCCCCACCAUGAGCCAACCGACGGAGGAAAAGAUGGACAUCGAUAAC